UAUCCACGCAUAUGGCAUAACAUUUGAUACCAAACAUCUUGAUAUUUUCCCAAAUCGAGAUUUAAGGACACAGAUUGAAAAUAUUCGAGACCUUGAUAUACGCGACGAUGACAUAUUCUUGGCUACUUAUCCAAAAUGUGGAACCCAUUGGGUUUGGGAAAUAUUGGUUAUGUUAAAAAGAGGAAAUUCCGAAUACGAAACGAAAACAAAAGAGGCAGCUUUCUUAGAUUUCCGUUCACCAGAAAUUAUAAGAAGCAUUCCGUCUCCAAGAGUCUUAAACAGCCAUUACCCUUGUAAACUUGUACCGAGGGAAAUGUUACAGAAAGGAACAAAAAUCGUGCAUGUCAUGAGAAAUCCAAAGGACGCCUUUGUUUCCUUUUAUCAUCACAUGAAGCCGAUGCUCAACGAUACUUUUGCAAGAACCUUUCAAGAUUUUCUUCCACUGAUGCUUGGAGACUACGGCAUUUACAUGUUUUAUCCUUGGUUUAGUUACGUAAAAGAAUGGGAGACGUUUUCCAAACAACAUUCAGAUCAGAUUUUAAAUCUGUUCUUUGAAGAUCUGAAAGAGGAUCCUGUAAGAGAAAUCAAACGAAUCAAUGAUUUCCUAGGUACGGACAGAAGUGACGACCUAAUACGACAAAUUGCUGAAUCAUGCGACUUUAAAAAACCUCAAGAAAGCUGAUGCUGAGAUAAAAGUAAAUGACAACAAAUCGAUGAAAGAGAAAAUGCCUGUGAUGUACAGAAAAGGAGAAGUAGGGGAUUGGAAAAAUCAUUUCACAGUUGCUCAGAAUGAAUAUAUGGACAAAUGGCUGGAAGAAAACUUGAUAGAAACAGAUCUUAAAUUCAGAUAUACACUUUGACAAUAUAAAUAAUAACACUUGUUUUAAA